AAGUUUUCAAGAUUCAAUUCAGAAAACCCCCCAACGCCCUCCUCCAUUCCACUCCACUCAACAACAAAACCCCACCGCAUUUUCCUGAUCCCCACCAAUUGCUCUCUCUCUCUGCCCCCACCAUGGCUGACAAGAAAGAAGAAAAGGCAAUCCCAGUAUUCACUGUCCUGAAGAACAACGCCAUCCUCAAGAACAUCUUCCUCCUCGACACCCCGCCUCCCUUCCCUCAACACGAACCAAUCGAAGAUGGUGGUGACCCACCAUCACCAAUUCAAGAAAACGAGAAAGAAACAUUGUUGUUAGUUGGGCGACACCCAGAUUGCAACAUCAUCUUGGAGCACCCCAGCAUCAGCCGAUUCCACCUCCGCAUCCACUCCAACCCCUCUUCCCACCAUCUCUCCCUCACCGAUUUAUCAUCUGUACACGGGACAUGGGUUUCGGGAAAGAAGAUUGAAGCGGGGGUUCGAGUAGAGAUGAAUGAGGGGGAUGCGAUGCAGCUAGGUGGCUCAAGUAGGGUCUACAGGCUUCAUUGGGUUCCUUUGAGCCGUGCCUACGACAUGGAGAACCCGUUCGUGUCCCCAUUGGAUGUAUCCAGGCCCGUGGAGAAGGGAGGAGGAGGAAUGGAUCAGGAUGAGAACUGUUUGAUUCUCGAAAAUAACGCAAUUCAAUCACUUGAUCACGAUUUUGAGGGUAUGGAUUUGGGAUUUUCUGAGGAUCAUUCGAAACUGUUGCUGAACAAUGUGAUGGUACUGUCAGCUCCACCUCCAUUACCAGGGUACAUGGAUUCACCUUCAUUUUCUGAUGAAGAAAUAGGAAACAAAAGCGAUUCAAAGACGGAUCAUGAGCAUGAGGAGAUUUCUAGCCUCUGGUCUGGAGAUAACCAGAGCCCAGAACCUUCUGUAACUACAGAAAUGGUAUCUGAGGUGAAAAACUCAACCGCAAGUGGAGGGUUCGACCAAAAUUUCAAUUUGUUGGAAACUACAGAGUCUUUAUUUCCACAUGAAUAUUUGGAAAACCAGUGCCCUUCAAGAGAAGACCAUCAAAUUUCUGAAGUACUUCAGAUAGUUGAGAACCAGGAUCCAUCAGUAAACAAUUAUGAACAAAGGGAAAUUCUUGAAUUCAACAACGAAAAGCGGAGCCACCACACUCCCUUUUCCAGUGGAGGGUCUCAAAAACAAAACCCAGAUAGCCCUUUGAUGAAUUCAGAGCAGACGUCCAAUUUACCUAGCAUCUGGUUGAGAAGAGGAAAACCUUCUAGUGUUCUUCAGAUUCAAACUGGUCAGAGCAGAGGAAAGAGCAAAGGGGCUGACAGAACUGCUGAUGUUGAAUUAUCAUGUCAGCUGGAUAUCGAAGACAAGGAAAUGUCAAAAGCUCUUUUAUCUAGUUCAGAUGAAGUCUUUACUCCUGACAAAGAGAAUUUUACUCCAAAUACUCUUAUACUGAGGUCCAUGAAGAAUAUGGGUCUUCUCAUGUCAAACAAAUCAUCAUCUUUGAAAAGCAAGGUGAUCUCAAAGGGUCUUUCCACUGGUUUAGAUGAAAAUGAAGAACCCUUUACUCCAGACAAAGAGAACUUAACUCCUAAUACUCUUCUACUAAGGUCCAUGAUGAAGAAGAGUAAGAUGGGAGAAAUCAAACAGUCACAACCGUUAGAAGAAGGCAAUCUUGCCCCUUCAGUCAAAAAGAACCAGACACCAAAAGUGCUCAAAGAACAGAAAUCACUGAAGUGUUACUCCAGGAAUCAAGAAAAUCUGAAACCAGAGUUGAUGCCAAUGAAGAGUAGAGUCGAAAGAGUACCAUUUCAGCCUCUACUUGAGAACUCCUGCAGCAAGAGCAAGUCAGAAGCUGCUUUUCUUAGUGCCACAAUGGAAAACAGCAAUUCUGCUAACUAUGUUCAGACCGUAGAGAAGAAAAAGUCCAUUGCAAUGGAAAAGAAGAGGUGGAACAUGGUAGUGGACACUAAUUGUUUUCUGCACAAGGAGUCAAGAAAGGCAUUACAGCUUUUGCAAGGUCUCAAGGGAACACAGUUGAUCAUUCCACGAAUAGUCAUAAGGGAACUGGAUUGCUUGAACCGACGAGGUAGCCUGUUUCGAAGAAAAACUGAGGCUGCUUCUGCUUUACAAUGGAUUGAAGAGUGUAUGGUGAAUACAAGUUGGUGGAUUCAUGUUCAGAGCUCAGAGGAGGAGGGAAGGCCUAUCGCGCCUACCCCACCUGCUUCUCCUAUGUCUCAGUUCAGUGAGGGGAACUGUGGGUUCCCAGGUGGAGCAGCAAGCCAAAUACCCUUUUCUCCUUGGGGGAGUUUACUCGAAAUUGUUUCACCAACUGCCGAAGACCUCAUCCUUGAAUAUGCUCUCCUCUCUAGGAGGACCAUGAAUCAUGGACAGCUUGUCCUUCUUACUAAUGAUGUCACUUUGAAUAUCAAAUCUAUGGCAGAAGGUUUGAUUUGUGAGACAGUAGAAGAAUUUCGUGAAAGUUUGGUGAACCCAUUCUCUGAGAGGUUCUUGUGGACCGACAGCUCUCCGAGAGGACCUACUUGGUCUUGCGAAGACGAUGUUAUUCUGAGGGAGAAAUAUUGCAGCGGCCCCACGAAGAACCCAUCAAAGUCUGUAGAUGGCGCCAAGGGUUUGAAGCUAAUACUGCUCCACAAUUCUCGUUAUGCUCAGACUUUAGUGAGUUAAAAAAAUGAUAUGUUUGGUCCAGUGAUUUUGUAGUAGAACCUGCGUUCAACUCUCCUUUUUUGCAAAGUGAUUCGGCAAUUUAAGGUGGUAUGACUCAUACCUAGUAUAUUACAAUCAAACGACCGUAUUCUUUUUGGAUCGCAAAUUUGUGUGUUUCUGUUA